AUGUCGCGCCACCGCAACGUGCGCAACCGCGCGUACUCGUACGAGGACGAAGACUAUGACGAUGAGUACUACGACUACGAGCCCAACUCCCCCAACUCCAACGAGUUCAUGUACCGCCGCGACUCGCCGAGCCGCCAGCGCUCCGUCUUCUCCUUCGUGCAGCAGGAGGAGACCCAGUACGAGCACCAGCUGGAGCAGGAGCUGACCGGCACCAGCAUCGAGGACCCAGGCGACGCCGAGAUCUUGGCGGCCAUGGUGCCCCAGGUGCAGCAGGCCGUGGGCUGCAGGUUCUCGACCCAGCAGAUCACGCAGGAGCUGCGCAGCGCCAACUACGACCUGGACAAGGCCGUGGUGGCGCUGCUGGAGAAGGGCAAGGCCCCCGUCGCCGCGGGCGGCGUGCUGCCGCUGCAGAUCCAGAUCCCCAAGCUCGAGGCGGUGGCGCUGGCCAUCGGCAACGAGCAGAAGGAGGCCAAGCCCGUCAAGAAGGAGAUUGUGAUGCCCGCUCCAGCCAAGGGCAAGGCCAUGGCCAUCGGCGGAGCCAUGCCCUCGCCGCCCAAGAAGGCGGACGAGGAGAAGAAGGCACCGCGCAUCUCGGCCGCUGACGCGGCCAAUGCUGCGCCGGCCAUUUCGCGCGCGCAGACGCAGUUUACGCCGGCGGAGAAGAAGGCUUUUGAGCGCGCGGAGCUGAAGACGCAGGAGCAGGCGGUCAAGCUGGAGGAGGAAGCGCGUACUGCAGGCAAGACCAAGAUCAGCAUGGUGGUGAUCGGACACGUCGAUGCCGGAAAGAGUACCAUCACGGGCCACUUGCUGUACAAGCUGGGGUACGUGAGCAAGCGCCUCAUGCACAAGUACGCGAAGGAGUCGCGCGAGGCUGGGAAAUCGUCCUUCGCGUACGCCUGGGUUAUGGAUGCGGAUGAUGAGGAGCGUGCGCGUGGUGUGACCAUGGAUGUCGGUACGAGCCACUUCGAGACAGCGACCAAGCAUGUGACGCUGCUGGAUGCCCCCGGCCACCGUGACUUCAUUCCGAAGAUGAUCGCGGGAGCUGCGCAGGCAGAUGUGGCUGUGCUGGUAGUGCCAUCGGCGACUGGUGAGUUCGAGGCUGCUUUCGAGAACUCGGGCCAGACCAAGGAGCACACGCUGCUAGUGCGAAGUCUCGGCGUCUCGCAGAUGGUCGUUGCGAUCAACAAGAUGGACAUGGUCAACUGGGACAAGGAACGCUUUGACAACAUCGUAAAAUCGCUCUCCACGUUCCUCCAGGGUGCGGGCUUCCGCCCCAAGAACCUGCGAUUCGUGCCACUCAGCGGUAUGACAGGCGCAAACCUGGAGAAGACUGGCGGGGUGCAGGAGUGUUCUUGGUACUCAGGCCCCUCGCUCGUCGAGGCUAUCGACACCUUUGCUCCUCCCCAGCGCCAGAUUUCCAAGCCCUUCCGAAUGACGGUGUCGGAUGUAUCCAAGUCCAUGAGUCUCGGCCAGACCAUCUCUGGUCGCGUCUACGCUGGGGCUGCCGCGGUGGGCGACUCGUUCCUUCUGAUGCCAAUUGGCCUUCCGCUGACAAUUAAGGGAAUGGAGCAAGAUAGCAAGGCAUGCACGCUUGCUCGUGCAGGAGACACUAUUGAAAUGGGUGUUAUUGGAAUUGACCCGUCGGCACUAACCACUGGCAGCAUCCUGUGCUCCAUUGCGUCACCGGUGCAGCUGGCCAAGAAGUUUGAGGCCAAGAUCAUGACGAUGCCGGCGGUGGAAGUGCCGCUGGUGAAGGGAACGUACGUGACCAUCCACAUGCACAACGUGGACGAGCCUGUCAACAUCACAAGGUUGGUGAGCAUGUUAAGCAAGACGGGCGAAGUGGAGAAGAAGAAGCCGCGCUGCAUCACCCGGGAACGCUCGGCCGUGGUACAAAUCACGUGCCAUCGCAAGAUAUGCCUUGAGGAGUUUGCAAACUACCGUCAGCUCGGACGCUUCACGCUGCGCGAUCGCGGCAAGACGCUGGCCGCUGGCAUCAUUACGCAGAUUAUCGCUUAG